AUGUCUAAUCGUGAUCAUGAAAUUAUAACAAAAGUACUUGCAGCAUUAAAUGCAACUAAUAAUACAAGUCGUAACUUAGAUAAAGAAAUUAGUUCACCUAUAAACAAAGAAAAGGGAAAUCUUCAGGAAAUAUGUGGAUUUACAAAUCAAAAAAACAAAUGGGAAGGAUAUCUGCAAUCAAUGCGUGACAUAUGUGAAGAAAUUGCUGAUUUAUCUAAAAGUUUUCGUGCACAAAAAGUGCAAAUUAUUUCCGAUGUAAUUAAAAAGUUCAAGAAAUCAAAUUCUGAUUUUCCACCUUCGGAAGGAGAUUGGAUUAUUAGAAAAAUGAUGAUUUCAUACAUCCAACGUGCACAGAAAUAUAAGAAAACUUUAGAUGUUUCUCCUAAUAUUGAAAAUGGUUUAGAUAACAUUGAAAAUGUUGAAAAUAGUUUAGAACUAAAUAACAAAAGAAAUGAAGAUAACAAUGAAAAUGAAAACAAUAGUGGAAAUAAUUAUAAUAAAAGUAUUAUCCGAAAAUCUAAACGUAUUAGAAACAGAAAAUAG